CUCUUUCUUCUCUUCCCCCUCUCUCCCCCCACUCUCCCCAUGUGUACUCUUCACCCACACUCUCCCCAUCCUUCUUUCUUCCCCCUCCAUUGUUCUGCCUCCCCUCUCUUCCCCCACUCCUCUCUCCACUACUCUGUCCCUGUCUCUAACCCUUCUCCCACCCUCUCCAUCCUUUUUCUGCAUUCUCUCCCCAUCUCUACCCCUUCUAUAUUUCCUUCUGCCUCUUCUCAUUCUCACCAUUCUCUUUUUCCUCCCCAUUUUCUCACCCCGCUCUCCUUUCUCUCUCCCUCACUCUAACCACUCUUUACCUUAUCUUCUUGCCCUCCAUACCCUCAUUGCCCCAUCCCAUUUCUCUCAGCUUCCUCAUUCUGCUUUCCCCCUCCUCCUCUCUCCUCACCUCUCUUCCCCUCCUUCCUUUACCACUGUCUCCUCUCCCUCGUCUCUCUGCCCUCUCUCCCCACCUUCUCUCUUAUUCCUCCUCUCUCAUACUCCGUCAUCCCCCUCCCUCUGUUCUUCCCUUUCUCUCUCUCUCUCUCCACUCCCUCCUCCCUCUCCUCCUCAUUCCCAUCUCUCCCUAUCACUGUCUGUGCCACUCUCUAGAGCAGCUUCUGUACCUGGCAGGGUGAAAGUGCAAGGGAGUUACAUCAGAUUCUGCGAGAAGUUGUUUAGGAGUGCGGCUGUGGUCAGACUAUGAACUGCAUUUGGGGAGAGAGAGAGAGAUGGAGAUGAAUAGAGAGGGCAAUAGAGAGAUGGAGUGACAAAGAGACAGGAAGAGACAUACAGUGAGAUGGGGAGAAAGAAACAGGGAGCGAUAGAGAUGGAAAGAGAGACAGAGAGAGUCAGAAAGCCAGAGGGAGAAACAGAAGGGUGAGAGUGAAACCCAGAGAGUGUGAAGGAGACAAUGAGAGAGAGUGAGGGAGAGAGAGAGUGAGGGAGGGAGAGAGAGAGAGAGAGAGCUCUACUCGCUUUCACCAAGAUGCAGAUGUUAAACAGAUGACUCAAGGGUCCUGAGCCAAAGUUGGGGGGAAGAGGUCUCCACAUGAGCUCCAUUUCUCAUCUCUUCCCAGAUUCACUGGGAUUGUCUAUUGUGGCCGAGAGUCUGCACAGAUUGUCAAACCUCCCACUUUAACCAUCAGGGCUGGAGGGGUCACAAAGACAGGGAGAGGCACGGGGAGGGAAGGGAUGAUGGAGAUGGGGAGUGUGUAGGGGAGGAAGGGGUUGACAGAGACAGAGAGGGGUUGAUUGAGACGGUGAGGGGUAAUGGAGUUGGGAGGGCAGCGUCCAAGACAGAGGGGGUGAUGGAGAUAGGGAGGUGACGAUGGAAUGGUGAUGGAGACGACAUGCUGACCGAGUUGGCUUUGGGCUCCCUGUUCUUCCCCGCUCUGUUCAAUUUGUGCCGGAGGUGCCUGAAGCAGUUGCCAGUACCGGGAUGGGGGGAGACCGAUGCUGUCAUUCUCUCCUCCAGGCUGGUAUCCUCAGUACAGGCAGUGAUGGCAUCAAGUGCAGGUCUUAUCAUCGUCCGGUCCUGUCGAAAUAACAUCCUGGAAACCAGGCACUGGCUGACCAACACCUAUGUGCUGUUUGCGGUUCCCUACUUUGCCUAUGAUAUCUAUGCCAUGUACCUCUGCCACUGGCACAGGACCCGCGUGAAAGGGCACGGGGUGGAGCAGGAAGCCUGCGUCAGUGUUCUGCGCUCCUACCUGAGGAAGGACCUCCUUAUGGUCAUUCAUCACAGUGUAAUGUUCACCGUCUGCUUCCCUGUCUCUGUGUUUCUACGGGACGGACGUGGAGACUACUUUGUUGGCUGCCUCUUUCUGGCCGAGGUCAGCACGCCCUUCGUCUGUCUAGGGAAAGUGUUGAUUCAGUACAGACAGCAGCACACCCUCCUGCACAAGCUGAAUGGCAUCCUGAUGCUGCUGACGUUCUUCGCCUGCCGAGUAGCCCUCUUCCCGUACCUGUACUGGGCAUACGGGCAGCACAUGGGGCUGCCUCUCCACCGCGUGCCCCUAGAACUUCCGUUCCACGUUAAUCUGGCUGCCCUCACCCUGAUGGCCCCCCAGCUCUACUGGUUUGCUCUCAUCUGCCGGGGAGCACUGCGUCUGUUCCGCCGGGGCCGCACUGGGCGCCCGCAGCUCAAUGGCUGGGCCCCUGGACCCCCCCUACUCCAGCCACCUCCCCCCACCACCCCACCACCCUCCUAAUCAUCACCCUCUCUCCUCCUUCCCCCGCUCCUAAUCCUCCUCACCCACUCUCCUGCCCCUCACCCCUUCCUGUAAUUGUCAAACUCCUUGUCCUUCAGCCCCCUUUCCCCUCCUUCUCCUUCUCCUGACCUUCCUCCUCCAGCAUCGAGGAGUAGGGGUCAGCCUGAACGAACAAGGAGGGGUGAGAUCUCCUGAGGCAUGAGGGCAGAGGGGUGGGCUUUCACCCUCCCUUUUCCUGUCCAUCCUCUUCUCUCUCUCCCUCCCCUCUCUCCUAUCUCUGUCUUCCUCUCCCCCAACUACCCUCCAUUCCCCCUCUCUCUCCCCCCUCCCCUCCCUCUUAACCCCUCCCUUCGCAGAGGUUUAAGGACAGCAGGAGGGGCUCUCAGAAUACCUGCUUCCUCCUGAGGGUUUUAGGGAAGUUUGUAUAGAGAAGCUGAUUGGGAGAGAGGAGGAAGAUGUGGGGAAAUCGAAGGGUAGCCGACACUGGAGAUUGGAGGUGUUUAUAGGUGGGUUUGCAGGAUUCAUGACAGAAGGUAAAGGGGAGAGGGGAGAGCAAGGUGGAAGGGGAAGUAAGAGGAAGGAGGAAGAACAAGGAGAAAAGUGGGAAGAGAGACAGAGAGAUGGGGAGGAAAGGGGAGGAGAGAGUAGGAAGAAGGGGUAGAGAACUGGAUGACAGAUAGAAAAGAUAUAACCCCCCCCCUCCCGUGCACAGGUCAGAUACACCACACUUAUGCGUGCAUAUACACACACACACUCACACGCAUGCGCGCACGCACACACACAAGCGCGCGUGCACACACACACACCAGUUGCAGUGGGAGGGUGAGUGUUGGGGUUUGUCACCGGUCUUGUUGCCUCCCCCACCUCACACCAUAUUUAUUUAUUUUCUGCCCCAUUUCUCUGCACUUUUGGGGCCAAUGUUGCUGUAAAUAUUUUAUCCUAUUUAUUGAUUAUUUAUUACCUGUGGGGUUGGGCGUAGGUCGGAUGCUGGGACCUCAGACUCUUGCCAGUGUACCUUCACACCCCCACUGUCCCUCACAGAGUGCUGGGGUAGUGAGAGGGUGUAAGAGUUGGAUUCAGAAUAUUGGAUAUUUCCUUCUCUUAUACCACUUCCCUCUCCCUCUCUCCCCAACUCUAUACUAAACUGGACCACUGUGGAGGAAUGGGCUCAUAUAGGUGGGUAGGGGAGUGGAGAGGGUCUUGAAAACAAUUCACCAUCCUCCACAGAGUGAGCCAGAUCCCUAGGUUGCCAUCCUCCCCUCCCACAGCCUCUUCCAUGGUGGGAGAGGAUGAGGGGAAGAUCCCAGUGAGUGGAGAGGAGAAUGCCCUGGUGAGGGGAGAGGGAAAGGGGAGUGUCCUGGGAGGUGGAAUGGUGUGAGACUGUGUGAAAUACUGUACACAGGUUGUUUAAAAACUGCUGUAAAGUUCUUGUAUCUAUAAAAACCUUCAAAUCUCCCACCGAUUUCCUUGUUCUCUGUCCGACUGGCUGCCAAGAUGUUGCCUCACCAUUGUCUCCUCCAUUCUCCCACCCCUUUCUCUACCCAUCUGUUUACGCCAUCUCUCCCUUCAUCCAACACCUCACCCACCUCUCCCUUCUUCCAUCCAUCCUCCUACCUUUCACUCCAUCCAGCUCCCCAUCUCUCCCUCCAUCCAUAUCCCUCACCUCUCCCUCCAUCCAUCUCCACACCUCUCCCUCCAUCCAUCUCCACACCUCUCCCUCCAUUCUUCUCCCCAACUCUCCCUCCAUCCAUCCACCUCCCCACCUCUCCAUCUAUCCAUCCAUCUCCCCAUCUCUCCCUCCAUCCAUCUUCCUCAUCUCUCCCUCUAUCGAUCCGCUCUAUUUAUCCAUCCCCGAUUCAUUUGACUCUUUCUGAUUCUUUGUGACAUCUUCCAGUGCCUUUCUAGCUUUCUAUCCCAAGCUCCCCAUCUUUUUCCAUGUGUCCUUGCAUAACUCUUCCCUUUCACCCCCUCUCUCCCUUCCCCUCUCCCUUUCUCUUCCCCUCUUGCCUUUACCGGCCCAUCUCUCCCCCUCCACUUCUAUUCCCCCUCGCUCUUCCCUUCCCCCCUCCCUUUCCUUUCCCCAUCUCUCCCUCUCCCACUUCCUUUACUCCUCUCUCCUACUCCCCUUUCCUUCCCCUUCCUCUCCCCCUCCCCUACCCCUUCUCUCCAGCUUCCCUUUCCCUUUGCCCUCUCUCCCUAGUACAUAUCUCCCUCACCCUUUUCUCCCAUUCCUUUCCUCUCCCUCACUCUCUCUCCAUUUCCCCUUCUUUGCCUUUCCUUCUCCCCCUUAUUUCCUCUCCUUGCCCUAUUAACCCAGAUAAGUGUGAGGUGGUACAUUUUGGUAGGUCAAAUAUGAUGGCAGAAUAUAGUGUUAGUGGUAAGACUUUUGACAGUGUGGAUGAUAAGAGCGAUCUUGGGGUCCGAGUCCGUAGGACACUCAAAGCUGCUGUGUGGUUGACUGUAUGGUUAAGAAGACAUACGGUGCAUUGGCCUUCAUCAACCGUGGGAUUGAAUUUAGGAGUCGAGAGGUAAUGUUACAGCUAAAUAGGACCCUGGUCAGACCCCACUUGGAGUACUGUGCUCAGUUCUGGUUGUCUCACUACAGGAUGUUGAAGCCAUAGAAAGGGUUCAGAGGAGAUGUACAAGGAUGUUGCCUGGAUUGGGGAGCAUGCCUUAUGAGAAUAAGUUGAGUGAACUCGGCCUUUUCUCCUUGAAGUGGUUGAGGAUGAGAGGUGACCUGAUAGAGAUGUAUAAGAUGAUGAGAGGCAUUGAUUGUGUGGAGAAUCAGAGGCUUUUCCCCAGGGCUGUAAUGGCUAGCAUAAGAGGGCAUAGUUUUAAGGUGUUUGGAAGUAGGUAAAGAGGAGAUGUCGGAUGAGUUUUUUACACAGAGAGUGGUGAGUGUGUGGAAUGGGCUGCCAGCGAUGGUGGUGUAGAUGGAUACGAUGGGGUCUUUUAAGAGACUCCUGGAUCGGUACAUGAAGCUUAGAAAAAUAGAGGGCUGUGAGUAACCCUAGGUAAUUUCUAAAGUACAUCUUUGGCACAGCAUUGUGGGCCAAAGGACCUGUAUUAUGCUGUUGGUUUUCUAUGUUUCUCUAUGCUUUGCCCCUUGCCCCGUCUUCCCCUCCAUUCUCUCUUUCUUUCAUUCUUCUCACUUCCCCCUCUUUCUUCCUUUCCUCCCUCUCCCAUCUCCCUCUUCUCCUUCCUUCCAUCAGUUGCUCUCCCCCUCGCCUUGCAAUCUUCCCCCUCUCCCCCUCCCUCAGUCCUCUCUUCCUCCCCUCUCUCCCUUUUCCCCUUGACAUUUCUUCUCUCUCUGUCUUUCCCCUUAUUGUACUCUCCAUCCUUCUUGCAUUCUGAUUUCCCUAGCCUGCUGCUCCUCUCAUGCUCUGUCCCUCCUUCCUCCUCUUGCUCUCUGUCUCCUCACUCACCCUUCCCUCUGCCCUGCUCACCCUACUUUCCUUCCUCACUCACCCUACUCCCUAAAGAGGGAGAGGGAGGAGAAUGGAGGGGUGGUGAGGAGUGAGAGGGUGGGUGGUGAGGAUUGAAGGAGAGGGUUGGGAAAGGGGAGAGGGUGAGGGGUGGUGAGGAUAGAGGGAGAGGGAGGGGUGGAGGGGGAUUUGAAGAUAGGGGUGAUGAGAGGUAGUGAUAUUGAAGUGCCAUGAGGAGACCAUGUCAGUGAAGAAUGCAUACUGUACUCCCAAUGAUUGGAUUGAGCUGAAGCACUGAUCCAUCCAGGGAACCUCUCACUCCACAGGAGGUAUUGGGUUGCUGCUGCCCUCUGCCACCCUUUGCUGGAAGCCACGAGCCCCUCUCGCCCACAGGUCCUGUCCCCUUUCCCAUCCUAUGGACUGUUCUGAACACAAUAUUCCAAGUGUCAGCUAACCAGGGUUUUCAAAGGCUGCAACAUUACCUAGCAGUUCUUGGACUCAAUUCCCUGUCUAAUGAAGAACUACACACUAUAUGCCUUCUCAACCACCCUAUCAACUUGGGCACCAGCUUUGAGGAAUCAAAGAAUGUGGAUCCAAAGAUCCUCUUGUUCCUCCACACUACAGAAUCCCACCAGUAACACUAUAUUCUUCCUUCAAAUUCGACCUUCCAAAGUGAAUCACUUCACACUUCUCUGGAUAGGAGUUAAAUAAAUGACAAGUAGCUCUGAGGAACACCACUAGACACAGCCCUUGACAGCAUGCUCUGCUUCCCAAGGUUCAGACAAUUCUGAAUGCACAGCACAAGAAUUUCGCCAGGAACAGCUUUAUAUGUAACUGGUGGGAUGAAGGGAGUUGCAGUUGAAAGUGCAGAGUUGGGGUGAGUGGCAUGGUUCAUCUAGGAGAAUAGAAAAGGAAGAUGUUUCACAAGAGAUUCUCAGUGGUGGAGAACCAAUCAUCUUGGCCAUUGCAAGAGGUCAACAGCAGGAAGAUUUUCAAGGACUUCUCCAAAACAGCAGGGCCAGAAUCAGAGAUCGCGAUCAACAGGUUGGAAGUGAUCCACCGAGUCACACAGCAGGGGAAUAGGCCCUUCAGCCCAACUGGAUCAUGCCAACACAAAUCCCCAUCUCAGCAUAUUCCAUCUGUCUGCGUUUGGUCAAUAUCCCUCUAAACCCUUCCUAUGCCAUAUCUUUCUGAGGGUCUCUUAAAUGUUGUUUUAAAAGUGGCCCUCAACCACUUCCUCUGGCAGCUUGAUCCAUACAGGAACCAUCCUCUGGGUGAACAAGGUGGCCCUUGUGUCCAUAUUAAAUCUCUCCACUCUCAUCUUAAAACCUCUCACUUGCGUGAAGUUAGCCUUACUAGGGAGAAGGUUCUUGGGAAACUGAUAGGUCUGAAGGUAGAUAAGUCACCUGGAUCAGAUGGCAUACACCCCAGGGUUCUGACAGAGGUGACUGAAGAGAUUGUGAAAGCAUCAGUAAAGAGUCAUUAGAUUCUAGAAUGGUUCCGGAAGACUGGAAAAUUGCUGACAUUAAGGAAAUUAUAGGCCAGUUAGGAUAUUGGAGUUGAUUGUUUAGGAUAUGGUUUAAGGGUAUUUGGAGGCACAUGAUAAAAUAAGGCAUAGUCAGCAUGGCUUCCUCAGGAGAAAAUCUUGCCUGGCAAAACUGUUAGAAUUCUUUGAAGAAAUAGCAAGCAGGGUAGACAAAGGAGAAUUUAUUGAUGGUGUGUACUUAAAUAAAAGAAAGAGAUAAAGAGAACCUUUUCUGGCUGGCUGCCAGUGACUGGUGCUCUACAGGGGUCUGUGUUGGUACUGUUUCCUUUUACGUUAUAUGUCAAUGAUUUUGGUGAUGGAAUUGAUGGCUUUAUUGUAAAGUUUGCAGAUGAUAUGAAGAUAGGUGGAGGGGAAGGUAGUUUUGAGGAAGCGGAGGGGAUACAGAAGGACAGAUUAGGAGAAUAGGCAAAGAAGUGGUAGAUGGAAUACAGUGAGGUGUAUGGACAUACACUUUGGUAGAAGAAAUAAAGUAUUGACUAUUUGUUAAAACAAAAGAAAAUACAAAAAUUUGAGGUGCAAAGGGAUUUGGGAGUCCUUAUGCAGGAUUCCCUAAAGGUUGAUUUGCAGAUUGAGUCUGUGGUGAGGAAGGCAAAUACAAUGUUGGCAUUUAUUUCAAGAGAUCUAGAAUAUAAUGUUGAGAUUUUGUAAGGCACUGGUGAGGCCCAAAAAUGCUUACAAUAUUCCAAACAAUGUGCUGAAAAUGGAGAGCAUUUAAAGGAAGUUCACUAAAGUGAUUCCUUGAUUAAAUGGCUUGUGAUAAGAAGAGUGUUUGAUGGCUCUGGACCUGUAUUCACUGGAAUUCAGAAGAAUGAGGGGUGACCUAAUUGAAGCCUAUUGAAUGGUGAAAUACUUUGAUAGACUGGAUGCAGAGAGGGUGCUUCCUGUGGUGGGAGAAUCUAAGAUCAGAGGACACAGCCUCCGAAUAGAGGGGUGACCUUUUAGAACAGAGAUGGGGAGCAAUUUCUUAACCCAGAGCGUGGUGAAUCUGUGGAAUUUGUUGCCACAGGUAGCUGUGGAGGCCAAGUCUUUACGUAUAGUUGAGACAGAGGUUGAUAGAUUCUUGUUUGCUCAGUGCAGGAAGGGAUAUGGGGUGGAAGGCAGGAGACUGGGGCUGAGGGGAAAAGUGGAUCAGUGUAAUGAAAUGCCGAACAGACUCAAUGGGCCAAUUUGGCUUAAUUCUGCUCCUAUAUCUUAUGGCAUCUGGUCUUAAACCUAUCCCUCUUUCUUGAUUUCUCAACCCUGGGGAUGAAAAAUCUAGAGAACUAGCAUACACAGUAUGUGACCAACCCUUAUACACCAAGGUCAUCCUAAUCCUCUAGACUCCCUACACUCAGUGUGCUUCCUACCCUUGUAGUCCGAGGUCUCUCUGUCCUUCUUUAUCCCAACCAUUCACAGUGUGUGUCCUACCCUGUACACCAAGGUCAUCCUAAUCCUCUAGACUCCCUACACUCAGUGUGCUUCCUACCCUUGUAGUCCGAGGUCUCUCUGUCCUUCUUUAUCCCAACCAUUCAGAGUGAGUGUCCUACCCUGUACACCAAGAUCUUCUGCCCCUUGACACUCCCCACUAUUGAUUGUGUGUGUACUACCCUUGUAUGCUGAGUUCCCUCCUUCUGUCAAUGUUCUCGAUCAUUUGUAAUGAGUGUCCUACCCAUAUACUCUGAGGUCCCUCAGUCCCUCGACAUCCCAACCAUUCACAGUGAGUGUCUUACACUUGUACACCGAAGUCUCUCUGUCCCUCGACACUAACCACCAUCCACAGUAUGCGUCGUACUGUUUACACUGAGGACCUCUGUUCCACGACACUUUCCACCAUACAGAGUGUGACCCACAGUUGUACCCUCUGUCCCUUGACACUCAACCAUUCACAGAGUGUGUCCUAUCUAUAAACAUGGAGGUCUCUCUGUCUCUCGACACUGCCCAUCAAUCACUGUGUCUGUCUAACCCUUGUACACUGAGGUCCCUCUGUCCUUUGAUACUCCCCACUAUUCAGAGUGAGUGUUCUACCCUUGUACACCGAGGUCCUUCUGUCCCUCGACUCUCUCCAUCUAUCACAGUGAGUGUCCUACCCUUGCACACCAAUGUUUCCCUGUUCCCCAGCCCUCCCCAGCAUUUAUGUUGUUUGUUGUACUCUUGUACACCGUGCUCCCUAUGUCCCUCGACACUCUCCACCAUUUACAGUGUGUGUUCUGCCCUGGUCCUCCGAGGUCCGUCUGUCCCUCAACUAUCCAAGCCUGUCAAGGUAUGUGUCCUACCCUUCUACACCAAGCUCCCUAUGACCCUUAACACUGUGUGUAUCCUACCCUUGUACACCGAGGUCCCCCUGUUCUCUGACACUCCUCUCCAAUCACAGUAUGUAUCCUACCCUUGUCCACCAAGGUCCCUCUGUCCAUUGACAUUACCCACAAUUCACUGUCUGUUUUCUACCUUGUGCACAUUGAGAUCCCUCUGUCCCUCACCACUCCCCACCAUUCACAGUGAGUGUCCUACACAUGUACACCAAAGUCUCUCUGUCUCUCGACACUAACCACCAUCCAUAGUAUGUGUCAUACCUUGUACACGAAGGACCCUCUAUCCCUCGACACUUUCCACCAUUCACAGUGUGUGUUCUACAAUUGUACACUGACGUCCUUCUGUCCUUCGACACAACCAACCAUUCAUGGUGUGUACUGUACCCUUGUACACUGAGUUCCCUCAGUCCCUUGACACCUGACCAUUCGCAGGUCUCUCCGUCCCUCGACACUCCCCACUAUUCACUGUGUCUGUCUGACCCCUGUACACUGACGGCUGUCUCCACCAUUCACAGAGAGUACACCAGCUCUCACUGUCCUUUGAUGCUCCCACUAUUCAGAGUGAGUGUCUUACCAUUGGUCCUUCUGUCCUUGACAUUCUGCGCCAUUCACAAUGUGUAUACUAACCUUGUACACCAAAGUCUUUCUGUCCCUCGACACUCCCCAUCAUUCAUGGUGUCCUACCCUUGUACACUGAGCUCCCUGUAUUCUCCAACACACUCCACCAUUCACAAUUUGUGUCCUACCCUUGGACACCAAGGUCUCCCUGUCUCUUCAUACUCACCAGCAGUCAUGGCAUGUGUCCUGCCCUUGUACGUCGAGGUCCCUCUGUCCCUCAAUGCAGUCCACCAUUCAUGGUGUAUGCCUUACCCUUGUACACUGUGGUCCCCCUGUUCUCUAACACCCUCCACCAUUCAUAGUGUGUAUCAUAUCCUUGUACACCCUUGACACUCCCCACCAUUCAAUGUAUGUGUCCUAACCUUGUUCACCGAUGUCGCUCAAAACUCUCCACCAUUCACAGUGUGUGCCCUACACUUGUACACUGAGCUCUCCCUAACCCUGAACCUCCUCACCUUUCAUGGUGUGUGACAUACUCUUGUGCACCAAGAUCCUUCUGUCCAUUGACUCACCACCAGUCAAUGUGUAUGUCCUACCCUUGUACACUCAGGUCCCUUUGCCCAUCGACUCUCCUCACCAUUUAUGGUGUGUGUCCUACUCUCGUACACUGGGGUCACUCUGUCCCUCAUCACUUUCCAUCAUUCACCGUGAGUGUCCUACCCUUGCACACCAAUGUCUCCCUGUCCCUUGACACUCCACACCAUUCACAGUGUGUGUCUUACCCUGGUACUCUGAGGUCCCUCUGUCCCUUGACAGUCCCCACCAUUGAUAGUGUGUGCCCUACCCUUGUACAGUUAGGUUCUUCUGUCCCUCGACACUCCCCACCAUUCAAUGUGUGUGUCCUACCCCUGUGCUCUGUGUCUCUCGCUUGAAACUCUCCACCAUCAUAGUGUGUGUCAUACCCUGGUACUAGUCUCCCAACCAGUCUUGGUUCAUUUCCUACCCUGUACAUGGAUACAUGGAGGACCCCCUGUCCCUCGACACUACCCAACAUUCGCAGUGAGUGUCCAGCCCUUUAACACUGAGGUUCCCUUGUCCCUCGACACUCCCCAACAUUUGCAGUGAGUGUCCUUCUUUUGUACACGGAGGUCCAUCUGCCCCUCAACACUCUCCACCACUGAUAGUGUGUGUCCUACCCUUUUGUACACCGAUGUUCCUGUUGACAUGCAUUAAUAUUAAUUAGCUAAUAAACUACUUGCA